AUGCCGCAAAAAAGAAAGGCAUCGACUAUUGCGUCGGCCAAGAUUGCGGAGGAUGCAGCUACUAAGGGUGGUAGUUCAAGAAAACGCAAGUCCGAUGCCUCUCUAAAGGACAGUAGCACCAACGGCAACGGAAACACUCACGAACAAGAACAUCAGCAUACUCCCAAUAACGAUGAAAUCGUUAUUGAAGAAUCAUCGUCAAAUAACAUUGACAACAUUUCCGACUCGGAUGCGCCACCGGACAAACGUAGGAAGAAGGAUGAAGAAAUCGAAUCCCAUCAAAACAACGGUAAUAUUAAUGGGCAUACCCCUAUUGAUGCUGCUGAUGCUACCGAUGCUACCGAUACUGCGGCAAUAGACCUCAAACGAGACGACAUGUCGUUUGUUCUUGCAUCCCAACAAAGUCAGGACCAAAUGUCUAUUGACGACUUCAUUAAACAACCCGAAAACGAAAGUGAACAUGUCUCCUCUGCUCCAAACGAAACCGAACCCAGUAUUGACGAUCACGUGACAAACGGGGCGCAUGGUCAAGAAAGUAGCGACAACAAUUUGUCUUUCGAUAAUGAACACCAUUCUCAAGAAAAUAAGAGGGAGCUUGAUAAUAGAAUGUCGAAGAAUGUCUUUGAAAAAGGACAUAUUGUUUUCCUUUACAGACCGAAGAUCGGAGUUGAACAUCCGGAGAGUGUCGAUGAUGUACAACGAUUGUACAUCAUUCUCAUACCACAUUUUGUUCGUCCGUCCCUAGAGGACGAACCAAUUCCAAGCUUAGCCCAUCUAAUUUCCCACGAUAAACAGGUGGAAGAAGGGAAACCAAAAUUAGGAAAACCCCGAUCAAUUAUUAUCGGCAAGAAGCAGCUUCCCGAAAUUACUAAACAUGAACGAUUUUGGGCUUUCGUUGACGAGCCAUUUGAUAAUUUGAAUGAUAUCAAAGAAUUUGUUCGUGGUCAAGAAUACACUCCUGGACAAAAUUUGUCUUGUAGGCUGUUGGGGCGAGGAGUCUAUAAUAUAGUUGAGCACAGAGAACAAUCACAUUUGGUAUAUGUUCUUGAGUUCCCAGAAGAGCCAACUAAAAUUCAUGAAGGUUUCAAAAUUGUUAAAGAAGGUUCUUAUGUAAUAUCCGUUAAAAACCCUGAAAUAAAGAACCCUCCCCAAAUUGGUCUACCCGAUUACGAGCAAGUUAAAUUUCCUUCUCAUUUAGAAGAACAAUUCCGAGGAAGGCGUUUUAUGCCCUUGACAUCAACUGAAUUUCUGGACUAUAAAGGCUGCGAAUUUUUGCUAAUUGGUGCUAGUGAUGAUAUUGUCGGAGAACUUGGCGAAGAGGUUGGAAAGGAACUCGAAGAUCUGGCCGAAUUGGAGAUAAAAUCUGUUGAACCGUUUGCUGAGAAAGAAAUCUUUGACGAGCUUCGUCUGGAAAAAGGAAUUAUCCCUACGGAGCCCGCUUUCCAUGGCAUGUGGAAAUAG